GGGGAGAUUUCAGCUUCAAUUUGUGGAAAGGCGGUGUAUUUAAAACACAAAACCCGCGACGGGAAGGAGAAUAACCUCUGCCACACGGGAGCGAAGACUGUGCACCAAAUACCAAUAUCAUCCUUCUAUGACUCACUCCCAGAAGCCAACAUACACUGCUGGGACCAUGUAAAGUCUGCACGGCAGAUUAUGAGACAAGGGUCCCUGGGUACAGAUAUGCAAAAGGCCCACCACCUCUCCUACACAGGAGCAAGACACACAGGUGAGAUACAGCAUCCUGUAAACAGCAGGCCAUGCAUGUUGCACUGCGGCCACGCAGUUGUUGCCUGGUGCUCUGUCUGUGCCUGUCUUUAUCCACCCUGCUGCUACAGAGCCUCUGGGUGCCGAUUGAGAUGACCAGGGAUGAACCUGCUGGCAGGUCACCUGAGGAACAAGGUCAGCGUGGUCCUGGCUUUCGCAGGCUGGCUCUCCGCUUGGAGGCUUUGAACACUCAGGUGCAGAGGCUGAGCAGAGAGAGAGAUGCAACUCAGCUGACAAAAGAUGAUCUCAGUCUGCUACUACAGAGCUUUAGACAGGACCAACAAGGCUUAGCCCGUUUGGUGGAGAGGGAGUUGAAGAGAGUGUCUCAGAGGCUUGACCAGCUCACCCGUCAUCAACACCAUCACCAUCAGUCUCACACACCAUCUCCACAUGAUCACCUCGGAUUACACACAGGGCCCAAUGAGAGGUGUGAGGUGCCAAUGGACCCUGCGUAUCCGGUGUGUGCGGAGAAAGUGGAGUUCCUGCGGGCCCAUUGGCAGUCAGACUCCUGUUAUGCCUUUUAUGGAGUGGAUGGUACAACAUGCUCCAUACUGACAUACCUUAGCCAAAUAGAGGACUUUUGUCCCCCUCGUCUUGGAAGAAACCACUCUGCGCUGCCAUGGCACCAGAAACCUCCCUCUCAUACACAGAAGGCUGAGAUACAUACAACUCUGAGCCCACUGUAUGAGGUCAUCAGCAACAGCAGUGGUCCCGCUGUAAACUUCAUCCGAUCCAGAGUAGAAAGGAUGUCUGAACGGUGGAUACAAGCUGCUCUGAGGAUGAGGCAGAGCAGCAACAGGACAGUCUCGACCCAAAUGAGGGUGCUGCUGUAUCCUGGGGCCCUGGCUGGGAGUGUUGGCCAGCGUUUUGAAGCCCUGGUGGAGAGAGGGGGUCCUCUAGGGGAGCUGGUCCAGUGGGCCGACCUCGGCGCCUGUCUCACAAUCCUGGGCCACAACUUAACCUUCAGCACCUCACAGCAACAACUCCACAGCCUGGUAGGUGCUGCGCCAGGGCAAGGCAGUUGUCCAAUCCAGAGGCCCCUGACCUUUGACCUCAUCUACACUGACUACCAUGGCCUUGCUCACCUUCAAGGCGCCAUGGGACUGGCUUUCCUGCAUUACCAGUGUCGCUUCAGAAUCCUGGACUCCUUUGGCACCGAACCAGCCUUUAACUUGGGGAGUUAUGCGCAUAGUCAUGGAUAUAAAACGCUGUGGGGCAGCUGGGGUCUGCAACCUCUGCAGUAUAUGACCAUGUUCCCCCAUACCCCUGAUAACUCCUUCCUGGGCUUUGUGAGUGAGGAGGCAGUGAGCGAGGAGGUAAGGGAGGAUGAGCUGGAGCCGGACACCUUCAGGAAAGACAGGAUAGCGGUUGUCUACGGCAAACAGGACUACAUGUGGCAGGGUAAAUCUGAGUAUGUUGAGGUGAUCAGUGAAGAGCUGGAGACCCACGCUACAGUCUACCAGCCUCCAGGUCACACCUCCAGUCUGCCCAGUUUCAUCAGAAACCAUGGCCUGCUGACUCAGGAACGCUUCCUACGACUUCUCCGCAGAGCCAAGGUGUUUUUAGGUCUUGGGUUCCCCUAUGAGGGUCCAGCUCCCAUUGAAGCAAUAGCCCUGGGCUGUGUCUUCCUUCAGCCACGAUUUGACCCCCCACACUCGUCAGACAACAAUGAUUUCUACAAAGGCAAGCCCACCACAAGAGAGAUCUCCUCCCAGCACCCUUAUGCUGAAAAAUUCAUCGGCAAACCCCACGUGUGGACUGUAGAUGUGACCAACAAGACUGAAGUACGGGAGGUGGUCAGAGUCAUUCAACGCACAGAGGUGAAGCCUUUCACUCCCCGAGAGUUCACCUGCGAAGGAAUGCUGGAGAGGGUUCACACAUAUAUUGCUCACCAGAAUUUUUGCAGUAAAUCCGUCCCUACUUGGCCACCAGAAAGCACUCUAAGGGUGCACUUGGGUCCCCUGGGGCAGUCAUGCGUAAGCGUGUGUCGACGGUCCUCCCUUGUGUGUGAGCCUGCUUUGUUUCACCACCUGAACAGUCCUGCUGCGUUUAUCAGACUCAAGAUCGGCUGCUCCAGCAUGGAACAGGAAGUCAACCAUCUGUUUCCUUCCUACAGCCCGUGGGGCCGACGCUGCGGCCUUCAGCGGGAGCCUCUGCUGUUCAGUUGUGCCGGCUCUGACCCCUCUCACCGGAGACUGUGUCCCUGCAGAGCUCACGUACCUGGACAGGUGGCACUGUGCCCUGACUGCCUCUGAAUGACACUGUGAAAGAACUCAGGAAAUAGCAGGAGGAGAAGAGAAAAAAUGUGAUAUGAUGAAGGCAGCACCAAAGAGCUAUCUGCAAUGCAUACUGUAUACAUAGGUAAAGAUUUGAUCUUGACCAAAGAGAGACGGCUGUCCUGCCAAUGCUUUUGAAAGCUUUGUUUGUAGAUCUCAUGCCAAUGGUGAAAGAUAGAGUAUCUGCACUCUAUUUUAUUAUGAUGUGCACAUUGAAAUGAGUUGAAAACCAACUGUCAGUGCCCCAGUAACUGAGUGAAGGAGUCAUCUCAAUCAGCAUCCCUGCCAUUUAGUUUUUCACAACAAUUUUAGUUAAUUUAUCACAAACACAUGAAGGUGUUCAUCCCUAUGGGAAUGGACCUUAAUGGUCGCUGAUUGAUAAGUGAAUAUAAGAGAAGUCGUGCCAAAUAGGUAAAGUUAGUUUAUAUGAAAAGUCAGAAUAUGACAGGGUGCAUCCACUUGUGGAUUUAUCUGGUGCGAUUGUUAUAGACAAGUCUUUGUUGGUAUUUUUUCGUGACAGUCAUUACUCAGGAACCAAAACUGAAUGAGUACUUCACCCCUGAAGGACCAUUUGUAUGUCAGUUACUCACCUCGUAUUAAGCUGUAUUCAUGAACAGUGAACGAAGAAUCCAAAAACGUAAAAAAAUUCUUAAUUAACUGAAAGUUUUAGGGGUCCACAUUUGACAUCUGCAAAACUGCACCAACCAUCCAUUUACAAACUCUCAGAAUGUGUGCAGUUUAAUCCAAGGGAUUUAAUCCAGGGAUGGCUGUGGCUCAGAGGUAGAAUGGGUUGUCCACUAAUCGGACGAUCAGCAAUUCGAUCCCUGGCUCCUCCAGUCUGCAUGUCGAAGUAUCCUUGGGCAAAAUACUGUUCCAUCAGUGUGUGAGUGCAUGUGUAUGGUUACUGAGUAGCAGGUGGCACCAUGUAUGGUAGCCUCUGCCACUAGCGUGUGACUGUGUCUGAAUGGGUGAAUGUGACAUGUAGUGUAAAGAGGGCUUUGAUUGGUCGGAAGACUAGAAAAGCUAUACAGGUACAGUCCAUUUACCAUGUAUUAUUUACCCAGUCAUAUGUUCAGUACUUCUCAAACACAUGGAUUUGUAAACAGAUGUCUUGAUACUGUAUUGUUACUGCUGUUGUUAAACACGAACCCCUGUGACUUCAAUUUGUCAGGAAAUUUUCAGUUUUCUUCGUUCACCAUGGAGACAUGCGAGAAACAAAAAGUUUUCUUACCGAAUCCAACGUAACACUGGGUGAGUAAUUGAUAUACAAAUAAUCAUUUGGGUGGUGAAGUAUUCCUUUAAAAUGUUGAAGGAUGAUGAAUUCAAAGCCUGGUCAUGCUGCAGAAUAAAAUCCCUCUUGUUUUUGUAGCUUUUCCUUGAUCCCUUAAGCAAACAGUCUAAAUGAAGGCAAGACGCACUUUAGGGAAAAGGUGUUAAUGUGUAUUUAACUUAAUCUAAGUGAGAAGUGGCACUUAUGGCUCUAAAGCCAUUUAAUUCUCUUCUCUGGUUCCAGAUCAUACUCCGUACAGGGCACUUCAAUAUUAUGCUAAAUAAGUAUCCAAUCAUUCAUUUGCUUACAGUAAUGUAUCACGCCGGUCAGCGUUGCAUGGGAUUACCGCUCAUGUAACCCCUCGAUGCAUUACUGGCUGCAAAUAUUAGCCCGGGUCUCGGAGGAGAGCGGGUGACAGCCUAAGUGAUGAGGCUCAUUAUCUGAGUGAAUCAUGGAUAACCUCUGGAUGCCUUUGGGAGGUCACAGCCAUAUGACCAUGAUUAUACUGUCAUAUAAGCCAUUGGUUCCCAACCGUCUUUGACUAAGGAAACCUCCUCAGCUCUGUUUUAAUCCAUGCCCCCCGCCAGUAUAGGCAGAACCUCAUUGUUUGUCUUUCAAACACAUAUUUUGCGUCAUUUAGAGCGGGAAAAGAAGUCACUGAAGGCAGAAUUAAUUAUGUUUUCUUGAGUUAUUUUACUAGAAAUUAUGAUUUUGAUCAUAACAGAUGACUCACUUUGCCCUGAGUUCUUGCGUUUGCUCCAAUAUUAUUCCUUGACUGCCUCAUGACCUAUGGAUACUUAAAGCCUCCCCAAGGGUGUUUUGCACCCCAGGUUGAUAUGAGCAAACAUGGAAACUUUACAUACAGUAAGUGAAGUGAUUUGGCUACAUGACGCAUGCAUAGAGACGUUUAAAGCCUGAAUGUCUCCAUUUCAGAAGCCUCAAAUGGUCACACAGACUUAUCCCAUCAUCCUGAAAGAAACAAAUGAUAACAAGUAAAGGCCAGACUACAGCGUUAUAAGUGAUGGGGUGCUGGAUUAACAUGGCGCAGCUGUUACCAAAGAUGGCUCCAACAAUGGCAACAAGCUGCUAUUUUGAACCGGGUCAAUGUGAGGUUUUUCUUGGAAACGACGCACUCGUGAAUGUUAAUUGGCAGAGCAAGAGACCUUUUCCGCCCCGAUACACUUCAUGUGACCAGAACAUAUUGUCACUCAGGGAUCAGACCGCUCAGGGCUGCGACGACAGGACCGCUCGACAAUGUGAUUGACCAGUAAAUGCCUGUGAAACGGUCCAUGAAAACAACACUUGUGAUGACUUUG